AUGAAAUUUUCAAUUGCUAUUUUAACUGCUAUUGCCGCUACAUUAGUUGCAUCCACUCCAAUUAACGCUACUGAAGAAGUUACCCCAGUUGCUCCAGCUGAAAUCCCAGAUGAUCCAAUUCUCGAAUCAUUAAUUAAAGCCGUUCAAGCUGAUCAAGAAGCAGGUGAGCCAGAAGAAACUGAAGUUAAAAGAGAUGCUGAAGCAGGAUGGACAAGAUAUGGAUACUAUGAACCACAAAAAAGAGAUGCAGGUUGGACUAGAUAUGGAUACUAUGAACCUCAAAAAAGAGAUGCAGAAGCUGGAUGGACAAGAUACGGAUACUAUGAGCCACAAAAAAGAGAUGCUGAAGCAGGUUGGACUAGAUAUGGUUAUUAUGAACCACAAAAAAGGGAUGCUAAUGCUGAUGCUGAAGCUGAUGCUGGUUGGACUAGAUAUGGAUACUAUGAACCACAAAAAAGAGAUGCUAAUGCUGAUGCUGAAGCUGAAGCAGGUUGGACUAGAUAUGGAUACUAUGAACCACAAAAGAGAGAUGCUAAUGCUGAUGCUGAAGCUGAUGCCGGUUGGACAAGAUAUGGAUACUAUGAACCUCAAAAGAGAGAUGCUGGUUGGACAAGAUAUGGAUACUAUGAACCACAAAAAAGAGAUGCUAAUGCUGAAGCAGGAUGGACAAGAUAUGGCUACUAUGAACCACAAAAAAGAGAUGCCAAUGCUGAAGCAGGUUGGACUAGAUAUGGCUACUAUGAACCUCAAAAAAGAGAUGCUAAUGCUGAAGCAGGUUGGACUAGAUAUGGUUACUAUGAACCACAAAAGUAA